AUGAAGAGCAUGAGUGAUGCGGCUGGUGAAGCCGAAGCAGCUAGCAAUUUCAAAGACAUUCCCGUUGCAAUAGAUGGCACAUGGCAAAGACGUGGGCAUGUCUCAAUGAAUGGUUCUGUUAUUGCAACUAGUGUUGACGUAGGCAAAGUACUGGACAUUGAAGUGUUGUCCAGAUUUUGCAAAUGCAAGAACAAACAAAAGCAUGAUUUUCUUUGUCGUGCUAACUUUUACGGGAAUAGUGGGGCUAUGGAAACGCAUGGUGCAGUAUCAAUAUUAGAAAGAUCCGAAUCCUUACAUAACCUUCGAUACGUAAAAUUUCUUGGUGAUGGGGAUUCAAGGGCAUAUAAAGCUGUGUGCGAAGCAAAACCGUAUGGAGAUGAUGUUAGUGUUGAAAAACUAGAGUGCAUUGGGCAUGUGGAGAAAAGGAUGUGCACAAGAUUGCGUGCACUAAAACAAAAUCUUAAGGGUCAGAAGUUGGGCGAUGACAAAUCUAUAGGAGGACGUGGACGGUUGACUGAGAAAGAAAUCGACAAGCUUCUAUUGUAUUAUGGUCUAGCGAUUCGAAACAAUACAGGCAAUUUGCUAGCAAUGAAGCAAGCUGUGUGGGCCACGUUUUUCCACAAGUNGGACGUGGACGGUUGA